UUCCCAUUUUCCACUAUAUAUAUUAUAUAUGUUAUGUACAUAUCCAUCUUCAUAGCCAUCCCAAAACCAAGUUUGAGUUUGAGAGAGAGCUCCAUUAAUGGCUUCCAUAAGCUUUCUAGAAAUCCUUCUCCCUUUCAUACCCUUUCUGUUAGUCCUUAUUUUUCUAUCUGUAAAGUGGAAAUAUAAUGAACUUCCUUGGAAUUUGCCUUUUUUCGGAAUGACUCUCACUAUCCUCUGCAAUUUGCAUAGAAUUCAAGACCAUUUCACUCAUAUUUUACGUCUUUCGUCUUCCACUUUCUUUUUCAAAGGUGCUUGGUUUGCUGAUCUUGAUUUCUUCUUUACAUCCGACCCUUCAAACAUCCACCAUAUUUUGAGCACCAACUUUGAGCGAUACCCCAAAGGCCCUGAUUUCAAGUACAUCUUUGAAAUUUUGGGAGAUGGGAUUUUCAAUUCUGAUUCUGAUGUUUGGAAAAACCUACGAAAAACUGCUCAUUCCUUGGUCCAUGAUCACAAAUAUCUUCAAUUCGUGGAGAAAAUUACUUUGAAGAAAGUGAAAUCUGGGCUUGUUCCUGUUCUUCAAACUGCUUGUGAAAAUGGGUCAGUGUUGGAUUUGCAAGAUUUGUUUCAAAGGUUCUCUUUUGAUUCAACUUGUAUGUUUGUCACUGGCUUUGACCUUCAAAGUUUAUCUCUUGAAUUACCUGAAGUUCCUUUUUCCAAGGCCAUGGAUGAUGCAGAGGAAGUCAUUUUUCUCCGACAUUUUAUUCCUAAGAAAAUAUGGAAAUUUCAGAACAAACUCCAGAUUGGACCGCCCAUGAGGAUGAAGCAAGCUUGGGAUACCAUAGAUGAAACCGUCGGUAAAUUGAUAGCCUCCAAAAGGGAGAGCUUGCAAAAUCAAAUGAAAGAAGAGGGUGAUGAGCAGACAGAAGGAGUCGAUUUGAUUACAUCAUAUAUUACAAGUAGUAUAGACAACGAUGAUGAUAAGUUUCUGAGAGACACCGUUUUAAAUUUCAUGAUCGCAGGGAGAGAUACUCUGAGUUCAGCUCUCUCUUGGUUUUUCUUUUGUCUUUCGAACAAUCCAACUGUCAUAGAAAAGAUCAGAGAAGAGCUCAAACUAACGAUUCCAACAGACGAACCUCAUGAUCAAUGGCGGAUAUUUUCGAUUGAUGAGUUGAAGAAGCUAGUUUAUUUUCAUGGGGCUUUGUGUGAAGCACUUAGACUAUAUCCACCAGUUCCAUUUCAACACAAGGUAGCUACGCAACACGAUAAACUCCCAAGUGGUCAUCACAUAAAACCGAAAACAAAGAUUGUGUUUUCAUUAUAUGCAUUGGGAAGAACGAGUGAAGUGUGGGGGAAAGAUUGCUUGGAGUUUAAGCCAGAGAGAUGGAUUUCAGAGAAGGGAAGUAUCAAACAUGUGCCAUCUUAUAAAUUUUUGGCAUUUAAUGCAGGGCCAAGAACUUGUUUGGGGAAAGAAGUGGCUUUUACUGAGAUGAAAAUAGUUGCAGCUACCAUUAUUCAUAACUACAACAUCAUUCAACAAAUAGGGCAUAAAGUUGUUCCAAAUCCUUCCAUCAUUCUUCAUAUGAAACAUGGAUUCAAGGUCAAUGUUACAAAGAGAUGGUAAAGAAGCAAAGUCUAGGCCAGUUUCUUCAACUCUCAAUUCAACCACAUCCAAGUAAUUUGUGUUUUAAAUAAUUAUUUUUAAAAAAAUCCACCCUCCCUACUUAUAUGAAAAAUAAAAACAAGUUAGUAUUUUUUUUUUUUCUCUUGAAACAAAAAAUAGCAACAAAAUAUUAAAAAUAAUAACCACGUGAAGAAAUAAAAAUGGAAAAAGCUUCUAUGGAAUGUGGUGGGUAGCAUAUCAUUAUUAUUAUUAUUAUUAUUGUAAUAGUGGAUGAUAUGUUUUGUUUGUUUGUUUUUUUAAGUAAAGCUAUUUCUUGGUUUUAAUCUAUGUAUAAAUCCACUUCCUCAACUAAGUAGCUCACAAAUCAUUUAAAAUACCAAACAUUGUCUCUA